UCUUCUUCUUAAUUCUUUUUCUCUUCUUCCUCUCAAACUUCUUCGUCUGUAACUAAUUUAUUCUCUCCAAUUAAAGCAAGAAUUCUUAUAUAUAUGUCUAUAUAUAUACAUGUAUAUGCUGCUAGCCUUUCUCUUGAGUCUAUACAAAAUCCAACAACAUCAAUGUUUCCGAAUUAUCACUAAAAAUCUACCAGGGAAAGUAAUCUGAUGAAGAAUUUGCUCUUGCUUCAUUGACCUAAAUAUGCACCGACAAUACUUUGCAUAAGAUGAAUCCAAGUUCAAAGGAAAUUGAGUCUUCAGCAACAAGACAUGAUUCAAUUAAGAUCCCUAAAUCUACUACUACUCCAUCAAGCUCAUCAACAACACCACGGUUAGGGCUAAAGGAUCCGCGGAUUGUGCGAGUUCUUGGAGGGAAAGACAGGCAUAGCAAGGUUCGCACAAUAAGAGGAUUGAGAGACAGAAGAAUUAGGCUUUCAAUUCCUACAGCAAUUCAAUUGUAUGAUCUUCAAGACAGGCUUGGACUCAAUCAACCUAGUAAGGUUGUUGAUUGGUUACUUAAUGCAGCCAAGGAUGGAAUUGAUGAACUCCCUCCUCUCCCAAUUCCACCUGAGCAUUUUGCCCUAACAACACACCAUCAACCAAUUCAUGAUCCUCAUGAGAUUGUUGGUUCCUCGAAGGGAAUUAAUGCAAGAGAAAAUGAAAACAAUGAAGGAAUAUUACUACAUGAUCCCCAACUUACAUUCAUGCCAUCAUAUGGUUCUUUCUAUCCUUUGGAGCCUUCAAAUUUCUCUUCUUUCUCUCAAUCCGCGGCCGGAGGCGACCAUCAUCAUAUUCAGAACUUGAAUGCUCUACCAUUGCCAUCUACAUUGUCACUCUCCUCCGGCGGUGGUGGCGGCGGCUCUCAGAUUUUGGAGACACAACCUUAUUUCAGUAAUAGUGGUGAAAAUGAAUAUUCAAGACUACUAAUCAAUCACCAAGUGAUGAAUCCUUCAAUUGCUCAUCAUCCACAAGGUGUGUACUACUCAUUAGGGCAGUUCAUGAGAGUACCCUUCCAUUUCAGUGUUCCUCCAAGGAUUAAUCUCCAAUCAUCCUCAUCCCCGGGGAAUGAUGUCGGCGGUCAUGAUCAUCAUCAGCCUAAUAAGGGUCAAGAGUUUCAUUCCAAAUGAAACUAAAAAAUAAGGAGAGAAUGAGAUUUAAGGUGAAGAAAUAAGUGAAAGAAGAAGAGCUAGAGAGAACCAUUUGUUGAUGAAGAAACAAGAAGCAUGGCUUGGUGGUUUCAUGUUUUAUCUCAAGAAAGAAGGAAAAAGGUACUACUAGUUAAUUAUUAUUUAAUUAAGAUAUCAGAAACAAAAAGUACAGCUGGUAAAUAUAGUUAGAACUUCUUAUGCUGUAUUAAUAUAUCUAUAGAUAGUCUAUACACCCCA